AUGGUGCAGCAGUAUGGCGCCGUCCAGGGCCAUGCGGACCGUGACGCCGCACACGACACGACCGACGAUUCGAGGACGUCUGGAGAGGCGGAUGCGCUGCUAGGGGCGAACGCAACAGCGAGACGGCCGAAGAGGGAGGGUCGUGCGACGUUGACCAGCUCAACGAGCAAUCUGGCGAACACAAUCAUUGGAAGUGGCAUGCUCACGUUCCCUUUGGCUAUGGCUUCUGCUGGUAUCAUACCAGGGAUCAUCACCUGCGUGUUCUCCGGCGGUAUGGCGGCCUUUGGCCUUUACCUGCUGUCAUUAUGUGCUGUCAAAGCUCCACAUAGACGAGCCUCGUUCUUUGCCGUCGCCGAAUUAACGUUCCCGAAGGCUGCUGUCUUCUUUGAUGCUGCGAUUGCUAUCAAGUGCUUUGGUGUAUCCAUUAGCUAUCUUAUAAUCAUCAAGUCUCUGCUGCCUAAUGUUGUUCAAGCACUAUACCACGAUCUUAGCCCUCAAACGACUCCACCUGCAUGGAUGCUGUCGGGGCAGAACUGGAUAACCCUCAUCAUGAUACCGCUAGUCCCUUUGACUUUCCUUCGCAAGCUCGAUAGUCUUAGACAUACAAGCUACAUCGCGCUGUUCUCUGUGGCGUAUCUCGUGGUUAUUGUUGUCGUAUGCUACUUUUUCCCCGUCGAAGGGAUGGAACAACCAGGCGAAAUCAACCUCAUCAAGUUCACACCUAGCUUCGUUUCCAAUUUCCCGGUGCAAGUCUUCGCAUACACCUGCGCCCAGAACCUCUUCCCGAUCUUUAACGAGAUCAAGGCAAACACGCAGCCGCGCAUGAAUAUUGUCAUCGGAACAUCUAUUGGCUCAGCGGCGUUGAUAUACGAGGUCAUUGCUGUGUUCGGCUACCUGACAUUCGGUUCCAAGGUUGGACCAAAUAUCAUCGCCAUGUACCCCUCUACUUCGCUGUUCAUUGCGAUUGGGCAGUUAGCUAUUGCUAUCAUGGUGAUGUUCUCGUAUCCACUUCAAGUGCAUCCGUGUCGCAACUGCCUGGACAAAGUCUUCAACGCUGGUCAGACGAGCAAGCCAACUGCGGAUGACGAAGAAUCGGAAGACGAGCAUCAUACCAGCCAUGACAUGUCACCUUUAAAGCACGCGCUGCUGACGCUUGCCAUCGUGGCAAGCGGUUUCACCAUCGCUUACUUCGUAGACGAUCUGAAGCUUGUGCUCUCCUUCGUGGGUUCCACCGGAUCUACCACAAUAUCAUUCAUCCUCCCCGGCCUGUUCUACUGGAAGCUUUCGCGCGAUGAUACCAGCGUGAGCAAGACGCUGUCACGAGCGUCCUUGGGAUUGGCCAUCUACGGAAUGUGCAUCUUUGUGUUCUGCCUAAGCUAUAAUAUCUAUGGGGUCCUUCACCCUGGUGCGGAGAUCUCACAUUAG